AUGUACGUCUGGGGGAAGCCGCACGGAUUCAUCCUCUCCGUCAUCCUCAUCUCCAUCGCAGUCGCAGCGCCUUCCGCAAUCCCCGUUUUCAAAAACGACGACGUAUCGGCGAAUGCCCCACCACAGCCUGCCCCGUCGACCGAGGCGCUCUGCCCCGACCCGCUCCUCCCCAGGAUCCCCGUCAUGCGGCAACUCCCCGCCGGCGUCCACGUCACCGUCGCCCACGGCUGGGUCAUCACGGCCCGCGCCAUCGCCAGCUUCAUCGUCCCGGUGCAGACCAUGGCUGCGGUCCUCGACUCCUUCUACCACGACGCUCUCGUCCAAUUGGCCACGAGCUCUUUCGAAAACAAGCCGCAUCCGGGCCAUGCUUUCGGGUUGAGUAUCGGCAGUGUGAACCUCGCGCUGCGGGCCGUGAAUUCGGGCGAUUACCUGACGUGGGAGGCAUGCGAGGUUGUUGUGGCGAGUCUGCUGCAUGAUGCCCAGAUGGGUUUUACGGGCCAGUUCCGGAGCGAGUGGUAUCAUGCCGAGUCGGGGGUCUUGCUUUUCGGGGCCAAAGGCGCCGUACGCAAUGACAAGGAAGCAGCGGUCGAGGGAGACCGCGACGCAAUCGAGGACGAGGAGAUGGAAUGA